CUCUCACUCUCUUCUAGCCGCAAACGGCAAACCUCCACAGCUCCACUACUAACUAGGUAACUGUAUUGAGAAACAUCAACCAUGGUUUUCAACUUGAUCAGGUUCUAAUGUAAGAUAAGAAGAGUAUGUGUAAACGGUUAUAAUGAAUGUGGCUGAACCACAUAUGGAGCUCAACCAAGAAAGUCAACAGUUAAAUGUAGAGCAGAGUCUUGGAGGAAGACAUGAAGAAUGUGUCCUUACCAGAGCUAAUACAGGUGAGGAACUGGAGGUUGAUAUAGUUGAAUCUGAUGAAAACAACAUAGCCACCACGGAUGAAGAAGAUCCAGAUGCUACUGAAUAUUCAAGCUCGUUCUCCGACACUGCAUCUGAGGAUGCUGACAUGUUGUGUAAUGGACUGGCCGAAGAAUAUGCUGAGGUGGAAUCUCAUUAUUGGGAUGAAACUGACUUAGGACCUGCUUAUGAUUCCUUUAGCAGCAUUUUUCAUUAUAGGAAGAAAAGGCUAACAAGUCACUGGAAGAGCUUUAUACGGCCAUUGAUGUGGAGAUCCAAGUGGGUUGAGUUAAAGAUUAGGGAGUUAGAGUCUCGAGCCUUAGAAUACCCAAAGGAGCUUGAAUCAUUGGAUCAAGAAAAGCUUGGAGCUAAUAUUGAUCCAUCUGUGUUGGAAACCUAUGGCAAGGGAAUCAAGUCAUUACCGUUUUCUAAUCCCUCUUACAGAAAAAGAGCAGCAAAGAGGAGAAGAAAGCGUAAGAAGGUUGAGAGAACAGACGAUAUCGCUUCAUAUAUGUCCCAUCAUAACCUCUUUUCUUACAUCGAGACCAAGAGGUUGAGCUCAGAUGGAAUGUCAGUGGCUGAUGACUUUGCUGUCCAGGAUACACUGAUUGAGUCAAAGGACCGGGUGGCUUUAGAUGAAGAUGACUCACUUUUCGACCACCGAGAUGGAGAUGGUGUCUUGGAAGAGGUUCUCUGGAAGAUAGAGCUGGUGCAUUCACAUGUUCAUAGGUUGAAAACUCAAGUUGAUCUUGUGAUGUCUAAGAACGCAGCAAGAUUCUCUUCCUCAGAGAAUCUGAGCCUUCUUGCUGCAAGCUCUGCGCCUAGCCCCACGGUUUCUGCUGGAGGAGAUGUGAUCUCUAUUGAAGCAGUUUACAACUCUUCUCACCUCAUGCAAGACUACGAUCUUGGAGAUUUAGUGUUCUCAUCUGAAGGAAUGGCUUCAAGCUACGGAGAUGCGUUUCACAUUCCUGAUAUAAUCGAAAGUACUGUUGGUCUAUUUGCAGAUGCAGAUGUUACAUUACAUCAUCCUCAAGUUGGAGACUCUUGUGAAGAUAUUUUGGAUAAUAUAUUUAUUCGAAAUGGAGUGGCUGAAGAAAUGAAUGCUGAUUUGAUGGAAACUAGUAUCCAAGAAGAAGGUGAGAAACCUGAGGAAGGAGAAGGAACCAGUGUGCUACCAUUGCAGCAACUUCAAGAAACAGAGCAAGAUUCGGUUCUAAGAUCAUGUUUGGCUUCUGAGAGGCUUGUUGUUCCUAGGAACAAAAGGACAAGAUGUGGAGAACGUAAAGCGAGUUCUUGGUGCAAGAAACAUCUCAGCGAUCCUGAAAGCCAGUGAUUGCUAAAAGAAAAAACUCAGUAAGCUUGAUUCUACUGAGCCACAGCGACUAUUCUGAAGAUUCUUUACUUGUCUUUUUUCCUCCGCUUCCUUACUUUCAGAUUGUGUGUUUGCAGAAUCAUCAACUUCGUUUUUUUCAUAUCAUUAUUUUCUUUUCUGUUCUGUGAUGUUGAUGAAAAAGUUAGACAGAAGACACAAAGUGUGUAUAAUUAAGCUUUAGAUUGUAGCCUGAUUACAAGUUAU